ACUCUCCCUGCUAUGCUCCAGAACCAUGUGGCCCAAUGCCAGUUCUCUGGGACCCUGUUUCCGGCCAAUGAACAUCACACUGGAGGAACGGCGCCUGAUUGCCUCCCCAUGGUUCGCAGCCUCUUUCUGCCUGGUGGGCCUGGCCUCCAACCUGCUGGCGCUGAGUGUGCUGAUGGGCGCACGGCAGGGCAGCUCCCAGUCUAGAUCUUCCUUCCUGACCUUCCUCUGUGGCCUGGUCCUCACUGACUUCAUGGGGCUGCUGGUCACUGGUGCCAUCGUGGUGACCCAGCACUUCGUCCUCUUUGAAUGGCAGGCCGUGGACCCUGGCUGCAGCCUCUGCCAUUUCAUGGGCGUCAUCAUGGUCUUUUUCGGCCUGUGUCCACUGCUACUGGGGGCCGCCAUGGCCUCAGAGCGCUUCCUGGGCAUCACCCGGCCCUUCUCAAGGCCCGCGACUGCCUCACAGCGCCGAGCCUGGACCACAGUGGGGCUGGUGUGGGCCUCUGCGCUGGCACUGGGCCUGCUGCCCCUUCUGGGCGUGGGCCACUACACCGUGCAGUAUCCCGGCUCCUGGUGCUUCCUCACACUCGGCACCGAUCCGGGGGACGUGGCCUUCGGCCUGCUCUUUGCACUCCUCGGCAGCAUCUCAGUGGGGAUGUCCUUCCUGCUCAAUACCAUCAGUGUGGCCACCCUGUGCCACGUCUACCAUGGGCAGGCGACUGCCCAGCAGCGCCCGAGGGACUGCGAGGUGGAGAUGAUGGUGCAGCUCAUGGGCAUUAUGGUGGUGGCCAGCAUUUGCUGGAUGCCACUGCUGGUCUUCAUCGCCCAGACGGUGCUGCGGAGCCCGCCUGCCAUGAGCCCGAUGGGGCAGCUGUCCCGCCCCACGGAGCAGCAGCUGCUCAUCUACCUGCGAGUGGCCACCUGGAACCAGAUCCUCGACCCCUGGGUGUACAUCCUGUUUCGCCGGGCAGUGAUCCAGCGCUUCUACCCUCGCCUGAGCACCCGGUCCAGGUCACUGUCCCUGCAGCCCCAGCUCACCCGCAGGUCAACAAUUCACUAGGUCCUAGGCUGGACAUAGUGACAGCUCUGGAAGGACAGAGCACCCUGCCAGAAUGUCCCGCACCAGACCUUUAUCUUCCCUGUCGGUCGCUUCUGUCUGUCCUGAUGCCCAGGAGCCAAGAGUGCAGCAUAGACAGAGGGUUUGAACAACAAAAUUGUGUCCUAUCUUCCAUCAGCCCCAGGGACACCCCCUCAAGUCUUCCCUGACUCCCCUUUCCAAAGCCCUUCCCCUCUCUCAGCCCCUACUUUGAGUCCCCUCCCAACCCCAGGAAGGA